AUGGAUCAAAAUGCGUCUGACCCGCCCAUGCGUGCCACCAUCGAAUACGACAACGGCAAGACCCUCAUGGCACAGGGACCACAAGCGCUGCACGACCACGUCGCCUCCCGUAUGGAGAAAGCUCUGGGCAAGAGCCUCCCGCAGAUGGAGGUGCGAUUCCGAGACGUCUCCAUCUCGGCCGACAUCAUGGUCAAGAACGAGACCGACGCCACAGUCGAGCUGCCAACGCUGAUCAACGUCAUCAAGACCGGUUUCCGUGAAAUGCGAUCCAGCAAGCACGUCGUCAAGAAACAGGUGCUCAAGAACGUCAGCGGCGUCUUCAAACCCGGUACGAUCACGCUGGUGCUCGGCCAGCCCGGAUCCGGCAAGUCCUCGCUCAUGAAGCUGCUCAGCGGUCGGUUUCCCGUCGAAAAGAACAUCACCGUAGACGGACAGGUCACGUACAAUGGCACACCGGCCAACGACAUGCAGAAGCACCUCCCGCAGUUCGUAUCGUACGUGACACAGAGAGACAAGCACUACUCGCUGCUAACAGUCAAAGAGACGCUUCAGUUCGCACACGCCUGUUGCGGUGGCGGUCUAUCGAAGCGAGAUGAACAGCACUUCGCCAACGGUACACUCGAGGAGAACAAGGCCGCUCUGGAUGCCGCCAGAGCCAUGUUCAAGCACUACCCAGACAUCGUCAUCCAGCAGCUUGGACUCGACAACUGUCAGAACACCAUCGUCGGUGACGCCAUGACCCGUGGUGUGUCUGGAGGAGAACGGAAGCGUGUGACGACGGGCGAGAUGGAGUUUGGCAACAAGUACGUGAGUUUGAUGGACGAGAUCAGCACGGGUCUGGACAGUGCCGCCACCUUCGACAUCAUCACCACACAGCGCAGUAUCGCCAAGAAGUUCCGCAAGACGGUCGUGAUCUCGUUGUUGCAGCCGUCGCCUGAGGUGUUCGACCUGUUCGACGACGUGGUGAUCCUGAACGAGGGCCACGUCAUGUACCACGGUCCUCGUGCUGAGGCUUUGGGCUACUUCGAGAGUCUGGGCUUCAAGUGUCCUCCUCGUCGCGACGUCGCCGACUUCCUCUUGGAUCUUGGAACCAGCAAACAGUCUCAAUAUCAGGUCCAAGUCGCUCCAGGCGUCAGCAUUCCACGUACGUCGAGUGACUUUGCCGACGCUUUCCGGCGCUCGUCCAUCUACCACCAACUGCUCGUUGAUCUCGAGAGUCCCGUCCACCCUGGUCUCGUCCACGACAAGGAGCUGCAUAUGAACGCUCAGCCAGAGUUCCACCUGAACUUCUGGGACAGCACCGCCUUGCUCAUGAAGCGGCAGAUGCGAGUCACACUGCGUGAUUCGGCCGCACUCGUGGGCCGCCUGCUCAUGAACACCAUCAUGGGACUGUUGUAUUCCAGCGUCUUCUACCAGUUCGACCCCACCAAUGCUCAGCUGGUCAUGGGCGUCAUUUUCGCCUCCGUGCUGUGUCUGUCGCUGGGUCAGUCAGCUCAGAUUCCUACCGUCAUGGCUGCUCGUGAUGUGUUCUACAAGCAGCGCGGCGCCAACUUCUUCCGAACGGCAUCGUACGUGCUUUCGAGCUCUGCCAGUCAACUGCCUCCCAUUCUACUGGAGAGUAUCGUGUUCGGCUCCAUCGUGUACUGGAUGUGUGGCUUCGUGGACACGAUUGGGGCCUUCAUCCUGUUCCUCAUCAUGCUGAGCAUCACGAACCUCGCCUGCACGGCCUUUUUCUUCUUCUUGGGCUCCGCCGCGCCGAAUUUCAGCGUGGCCAACCCCAUCUCCAGCGUCUCGAUCCUCUUCUUCAUCCUGUUCGGAGGCUUCGUCAUCACCAAGGAUCAAAUCCCCGAUUAUCUCAUCUGGAUCUACUGGAUCAACCCCAUCGCUUGGUGUGUGCGUGCUCUGGCUGUCAACCAGUACCGUGACUCAACGUUCGACACGUGCGUCUACGGCGACAUCAACUUCUGUGAAAACUUCAACCAGACCGUCGGCGAUUACUCGCUCAGUACGUUCGAGGUGCCGACUCAGAUGUUUUGGCUCUGGUACGGCAUCGUGUUCAUGGCGGCCGCGUACGUUUUCUUCAUGUUCCUGUCGUAUCUUGCGCUGGAGUUCCACCGAUACGAGAGUCCCGAGAAUGUCACGCUCGACUCGGAGGACAAGAACACUGCGUCGGACAACUUCAGCUUGAUGAAUACCCCUCGCAGCUCGCCCAACGAAAGCGACGCCGUGGUCUCGGUCGCUGCCGACACGGAGAAGCACUUCGUGCCUGUUACUAUUGCGUUCAAGGAUCUGUGGUACACCGUUCCGGACCCGGCUAACCCCAAGGAAACCAUCGACCUGCUCAAGGGUAUCAGCGGAUACGCUCUACCCGGUACCAUCACGGCACUAAUGGGCUCGUCCGGUGCCGGCAAGAUCGCCGGCCAGAUUCUGCUGAAUGGCUACCCGGCCACUGACCUGGCUAUCCGUCGAUCCACGGGCUACUGCGAGCAGAUGGACAUCCACUCCGACUCGUCUACUAUCCGCGAGGCGCUCACGUUCAGUGCGUUCCUGCGUCAAGGAGCCGAUGUGCCCGACAGCUUCAAGUAUGACUCGGUGAACGAGUGUUUGGAAUUGCUGGACUUGCACCCGAUCGCCGACCAGAUCAAUCAUGGUCGCUCCCAGAAUGAUGCAACCAAUUGCCUCAACCCGCAUCGUUCAGCGCUUCUGGUUGUGGCGAACACGGGUCGUACCGUGGUGUGCACGAUUCACCAGCCGUCGACGGAGGUGUUUAUUGUGUACGACAGUCUCCUACUACUGAAGCGUGGCGGCGAGACGGUGUUUGCCGGUGAACUUGGCAAAAAUGCGUGUGAGAUGAUUGCGUAUUUUGAGUCGAUCAAUGGUGUGACGAGACUAGAGGAAAACUACAACCCUGCGACGUGGAUGUUGGAGGUGAUCGGUGCCGGCGUGGGCAACAGCAAUGGCGACAAGACGGACUUCGUCAAGGUCUUCCAGGCCAGCAAACACUUUGAUUUCUUACAGUCGAACCUGGAUCGUGACGGUGUGACUCGUCCGUCGCCAGAUUUCCCUGAGCUGACGUACAGUGACAAGCGAGCUGCGACAGAGACGACCCAGAUGAAGUUCCUCAUGCAGCGCUUCUUCAACCUGUACUGGCGCACCGCGUCGUUUAACUUGACUCGAUUCUUCGUGUCAUUGGUGCUGGGUCUCGUCUUCGGUGUUACGUACGUCGGCGCCGAGUACACUUCCUACUCGGGUAUCAACUCGGGUAUGGGCAUGAUGUACCUGGCCGUGGGGUUCCUCGGAAUCGGGUCAUUCAACAGCGCCUUGCCCGUCGCGUCGCAAGAACGCGCGGUCUUUUACCGUGAGCGAGCAGCGCAGACGUACAACGCGUUCUGGUACUUCUUCGGGUCGAGUGUGGCCGAGAUCCCGUACACGUUCCUGGCCGUGCUGCUGUUCAUGGCCACGUUCUACCCCAUGGUGGGCUUCACUGGCUUCGGAGACUUCCUCACGUUCUGGCUCACCGUGUCACUGCAAGUGUUGUUGCAAGCGUACAUCGGCGAGUUCCUGGUCUUUCUACUACCGAGCGUGGAGGUGGCCCAGAUUCUGGGAAUGCUCUUGGCUCUGAUCUGUCUCCUGUUCAUGGGCUUCAGUCCUCCGGCCGGUGACCUCCCGACGGGCUACAAGUGGCUGUACCACAUAACUCCGCAGAAGUACACGAUGGCGGCCAUGUCCACGAUUGUGUUCGGCAACUGUCCUAGCGACGGCGAUGGAAGCGAAGUCGGGUGUGAGCAAAUGACGAACGUGCCGCCGUCUCUUCCUUCGGGUCUCACGGUGAAGGAUUACUUGGAGGACGUCUUCCUAAUGAAGCACAGUCAGAUCUGGCGCAACUGUGCCAUCGUGCUCGCGUUCCUGGUCUUCUUCCGCGUGCUCACGCUUCUAGCCAUGCGCUUCGUGAAUCACCAGAAGCGGUAG